GCCUGCAGUCUUGAUCGCAGUAUACGUCGGCACCGAUACCUGUCUCCAGCAUGCCCGAGAUACGCGAAAUCGACUCCAUGUUUGCUGUGCUUUGUCGAGGCGCAAUUGUGCAGUCACCAUGGUCCAGCUUGAAUGUUUGGCGGGGGUGCAACUUCCGCAUCCACGCACGUCACCGCCCACCUUGCCGCUCCCGUCUUGAUCCUCCUCCGACCCUGUCCCACCCUUUGUUCAUUCGAACUGAAGUGUCAACCUGUCUUUGCAAUCCGAUACUACUGUUGCGCCGACACUCUGAUGUCUUUGGAACGAAGCUCAGUCGCAUGACCAAUCUCACAUGCCAUCCAAUACAUUGCAGACCUCGAGACCGAUCAUACUCGAGCCGUGUCAAGCCCACCAUGUUCUUCAAUUUUGCAUGCGCCACCCUGCGUCCAACAAACAUCUAAUCGUCUGCUCACCCCGCGAUGGUUUCUUGCAAAACCUUCUUUUUGAAAUCCGACAAGAAAGUCAAAUCGACAACAAUACAGCACUGGACUUGCUUGCCCCAACACUAACCAAUCUACACACUUCACGCAAUGUUCAAAUCACUUUUUGCUCAGAUCUCACCAACCUCCGAGCCUACCUUUCGACUUUGACUUAUUCCUUUCGGCAGGAGGACGGUGAAACAAUGUCAACAGACAUGGGACCACGUGCUCAGUCGCUUCUGAUGGUCAUGAAUCCGGUCCGAGUCCAUCAACAUACCCUAUCCUAUUCUGCUCAGGGCUUCAACCGAACUUUUGCUUCCAUCGUGGAUACCGCGCAUUGUCUAGGUCGACAUCUCAUCAUGGUCGAAUGCAGCCAUCCUGAAGACGAGUACGAGACUGGUGCUCGAGAGGAUGAAGACAUGCUCGAUGGAAACCAUCCGGCUCUGAACCCUUGGGACCAAGACGUGUCAAUGUUGAACAUCACCACAAAGACUUUCGGUGCUGGUGAACGAGGCUGGGUGGGCAGGACCGUGAAUAUUAGACGGAUUGCUCAGCGGUGGUUUGCGUUCCGGAAGCUGGAGCAUGUAAAACUGUCAUGAAUAGUGAUUAAGGAUAAAGCGUUUCGAGGUUAGGAUGAGAAAUAAAUCUAGAUCGAUGUCAUGGUAUUGGAAAAGGAAGAAAAUGUACAGAGGUGUCCGCCGUGUGCUCUACUUGGUACGGAUAUGCUUCAGCUUCUUUGGGCUGUGCAUGAAGUUGUUGGCGUAAGCCUUGGGGGUGAUUUUGCGCUCGUUGGGUUCCUGGACAAAGUAUUCGUAACCUUUCGGCAGAUGAUUGCCAGCCCAUCAGAGGGUUCUCCCAGCGGUGGCCC